GAACACGAUUUAGCUUAGCUUCCCACUCCUCCCCCGCCACCAAAAUGUCAUCCCCACUAACCACCGCCGCCGGAGCCACCGACGACGAGGUCCACUUCACCUCCCCCCGCCGCCUCUCCACCGACGCCGCCGCCGCCACCACCACCACCACAACCACCCACCACUCCUCCCCCUCCGUGGCCACACCUUCCCCUCCCAACCCAAUCAUCCACGUCCCCGUGGCGGCGCCGCCGAGCCCGGGCUCCCCGUGGUCGCUCUCCCCUCUCCGCACCAGCCCCUCCCCUUCCCUCCUCCACCACUGCAUCGCCUCCCUCCACCGCCACGAGGGCAACAUCUACUCCAUCGCCGUGGCCAAGGGCGUCGUCUUCACCGGCUCCGAGAGCAGCCGCAUCCGCGCGUGGCGCCACCCCGACUGCACCGAGCGUGGCUACGUCAAGUCCAGCUGCGGCCACGUACGCGCCGUCUUGGCCUACGGCAACGCGCUCUUCUCCGCCCACAAAGACCACAAGAUCAGGAUUUGGAACUUCACCCUCUCCUCCGACGGCUUCAAGAUCAAGAAGGUCGCCACUCUUCCCCGCACCAACUCUUCCCCAAUCAUGUUCCCCUUCCGCCGCUUCACCAUCUACAAUUCUUCCACCAAGUACAACAGCAACGUCGCGCCACGUCACCAGCAGCACAGGGACAACGUCUCGUGUAUGGCGUACUACCACGCGGAAGGGCUGCUGUACACGGGCUCGCACGACCGGACCGUGAAGGUCUGGCGAGUCCACGACAGGAUGUGCGUGGACUCGUUCCAGGCCCACGACGAGGGUGUCACGUCCGUCCUGGUGAACCAGGACGACGGGUGCGUCUUCAGCUCCUCGUCCGACGGGUCGGUCAAGGUGUGGCGCAGGGUCUACCUGCAGGACUCCCACACCCUGACCAUGACCCUCAGGUUCCAGCACUCCCCGGUCAACGCCCUGGCGUUGACCAGCUCCGUGUCCGGGUGCUUCCUGUACUCGGGCUCCUCAGACGGCACCAUCAACUUCUGGGAGAAGGAGAGGUUCUCCGGGAGGUUCAACCACUCCGGGUUCCUCCAGGGACACCGGUUCGCGGUGCUCUGCCUGGCCUCUGUGUCGGAGAGGCUCGUGUUCAGCGGGUCCGAGGACACGAGCAUUAGGGUUUGGAGGAGGGAAGGAGGAGGGAGCGGGUUUCACGAGUGUUUGGCCGUGUUGGAUGGUCAUAGAGGGCCAGUGAGGUGUUUGGCGGUUUGCUUGGAGAACGAGAGGGUUGGGAAUGGGUUCUUGGUGUAUAGUGCCGGGUUGGACCAGAGUUUCAAGGUGUGGAGGGUUAAGGUUUUGAUGGAGGAGGAUGAUCAUCAUCGUACUAAUAAUCAUAGUGGCGAGAAAUUAGGGAUGGGAUUAACGGAGUAUUGUCACAUUAGUGGAGAAGGGUUGAUGAAGAGGAGGAACAGCAAUGUGGAGAGUAUCAGCUGUAGUAGUAGUACUACUACUACAGUGGGUGAUUUGGUGUUGAGUCAUAGUAAUAGUAGCAAGGUGAUGGAGUACGAGAUUAGUCCUGUUCUAUCUCCUUCUUGGGUUGAGAAGAAGCUUAGAAAAGACAACUUUCUAUAGAUUGAUUAUUGUGUUCUAUAUAUAUA